AUGGAUCGAGAUGUGCUUAACUCAUGUGACAUGUCACAGGACUGGACUAGCGAUAACGAUGAUAGUGAUAAGUUUGAGUGGGAAAGUGAUGGUGAGGCUGAACCCUCAUCAGCUCCGGCCUUCAGGAACUUGGAUGCCGCUGGUCCUUCCACGCUGGAUUCUAAUGGGUGGGCCAACGAGGAAGCUCCACCCACUUCGUUAGUCGAGGGAUAUGUGUUAAUGGGUUUCCCGAAAGAGAUGGUCUUGAAGGGAAUUAAGGAGAUUGGUAAUACCGAAAUUAAUCAAUUUCAUUUCAUUGUCUUUUUGUGCCUUUGCCCUCCUGUUUUAACCAGGCUUUUGCUUUCAGGGCACAGUGAUGCAAAUGCGUUGCUGGAACUACUUCUCACGUAUAAGACACUGGGUGAUGACGCUGCAGUGGGUAAUUGCUCUACUUCUGGCUGCUUCCCCCAGAGUGUUGAAGAUGAUGAUGAUUUUGAUUUUGAAAACUGGGAUGGAGACGAUGAUGCUGAUGGGAGAGAGCCCAACCCUGAUAGUUCUGGUGAUGAGGAUUUCCUAAGAGAGAUGUCAGAGAAGGACAACAAGAUCAAGUCCUUAGUAGACAUGGGCUUUCGUGAAGAUGAAGCAAAUAUGGCUAUUACCAGAUGUGGUAUGGAUGCCGCUCUCUCUGUAUUAGUUGAUUCAGUCUAUGCAUCACAGGCUGCAGGAGAUUGUCAUUAUGGGAACUUGUCUGACUAUGAGGUUACUGGUAGCUGGGGAGGGAGAAAGAGAGCAAGAUUGAUGGAAGAGAGCAAGAAAAAGCGGAAGCGGUAUGGAGGUGCAGCACAGCGACGGCCCUUGGAUGGUAGCCAUGAAGAACCAAUGCCUCUCCCAAAUCCAAUGGUUGGAUUUAACCUGCCUAAUGAUAGGCUACGAUCAGUGACCAGACGGCUUCCUCAACAAGCUAUUGGGCCACCUUUCUUCUACUAUGAAAAUGUGGCACUAGCUCCAAAAGGUGUAUGGGCGACAAUUUCAAGAUUCCUGUAUGACAUUGAGCCAGAGUUUGUGGAUUCUAAGCACUUGUGUGCAGCUGCUAGAAAAAGAGGCUACAUCCAUAAUUUGCCAAUUGAGAACAGAUUUCCUCUCCUGCCUCUACCUCCAAAGACUAUAUUUGAGGCUUUUCCUCAUUAUAAGAAGUGGUGGCCUUCUUGGGACCCGAGAAGGCAACUCAAUUGUUUGCAGACAAGCAUGUCAAGUGCAAAAUUGACAGAAAGAAUCCAAUGUGCUCUUGCAAGCUCAGGCAAUCCACCACCUAAAAGUGUUCAAAAGUAUGUCAUGGAUGAGUGCAGAAAAUGGAAUCUUGUCUGGGUUGGGAAGAACAAAGUUGCUCAUUUGGAGCCGGAUGAGGUAGAAUACCUGCUUGGUUUUCCAAGGGACCACACAAGGGGAGUUGGCAAAACAGAGAGGUUCAAAUCUCUUGGGAAUUCGUUCCAAGUAGAUACCGUUGCUUACCACCUGUCAGUGCUGAAGGACAUGUAUCCCAAUGGUGUUAAUGUGCUAUCUUUAUUCACUGGUAUCGGAGGAGGAGAGGUAGCACUUCACAGGCUUGGGAUCCACAUGAGGGCAGUAGUGUCUGUUGAGAUAGGCGAAGUUAAUAGGAGGAUUUUGAGGGGUUGGUGGGAUCAGACUCAAACUGGCACAUUAAUUGAGAUUGCUGACGUGAAAUCUCUUACUGAUGAUAGAAUUGCAACGUUUGUUAGAAGAUUUGGCGGCUUUGACUUGGUGAUUGGGGGUAGCCCAUGUAACAACCUUGCCGGCAGCAACAGGCACCACCGUGAUGGCUUGGAGGGCGAGCAAUCUGCUUUGUUCUACCACUACUUCAGAAUCGUGGAUGCUGUAAAGUCGGCUAUGGGGCGGAUGUAG